ACAAAAACCUCAUGGAUUUCAAUCGGUAAUAUAUCGGUUGGAAUAUCGUAAUGAUCGGAGUUACUGAAAUGGUGAUGUGAUACCGUCGGCGUUAGCCUAUUGGAGAUGAUACAGGUGAAAUGAAGACCUCGCUGGAAUGUGAGCGGUCGGAGGCCGCUGAAAGUGGGGGAAAGGGACGGAUAUCCUUCAGCGUUGACUCUCUCCUGGGGAGUAAGAGUGAGACGCCUAGAGACACUCCGGAUGCUAUCAGCAAUGACGCGGAAAGCGCUGUUGAAACGGAUGAUAGUGACGUGGAUAUAGAGGACUUGGAGUCGAAUGUGGGUGAUGAACGCGACGAGAGAGACACGAAUGAUGGUGAGGAGAACGAGAGUAGGGGCGUGGUGGUACCACAGCCGCUGCUGCCGAGGUUGUACCAAGGGCACGCUCCACCGACCUGGCCCUUCGGUGCUUUUCCCUGGAUGACGCCUAACCCCAUGUUCCGUGCAGGAUCACCUGGUGGCCCCCCCGCCGGCCCACCAGUGGUCCGCUGCCAGCUCCGGAAGCACAAGCCCAACCGGAAGCCACGGACGCCGUUCACCACGCAGCAACUCCUUGCGCUAGAGAAGAAGUUCCGGGACAAGCAGUACUUGAGCAUCGCGGAGAGAGCGGAGUUCUCGUCGUCCUUACGACUCACGGAGACACAGGUCAAAAUAUGGUUUCAAAAUCGCCGGGCAAAAGCAAAGCGGCUUCAAGAAGCGGAAAUAGAGAAACUUCGGUUAUCAGCAAGGCCUCUUUUACCCCCAUCCUUCGCACUGUUCGGGGGCGGAGGGGCCCCGCCGCUGUUCGCAGCGAUGGCCGCUGCUAGCAGGCCUCAACUCAGCUUCCUAGGUGGCCCUCCCUCCCACCAACAUGCGAUAAAUAUGAAUAUCCUGAACUCUUUGCAGCCGCAUUGACAUCAGGGCCACGCGAUGACGCGUGACGGCCAUCCGCCAUCUUCCUAACAUGGAGGGCGAACUGACAUUGACAUUUCAAACAAUCGGAUACACGGACUAUUAAAGUGAUUUUAAUAAUUUAAAUAAUCGGAUACUCGGACAAUAUAAGUGAUUUCUAUAUUUUUGCAUCAAAAUUGCAGAACCGAUGCUUAAUUUCGCUAAGCAUUCGAUAAGAAAACACAGAUUUUGAAAAUAUACUCCAGCCACGGAGAGAUGUAUUUCUAAAUAGCUUUGCAAUUUU